GUAAGCCUUAUACAUUUUCAUUGAUCCCGAAAACGAUCAGCUCCUGCUGUCGCGCAAACAAAACAGAAGUCAGUGGCGCCUCGCCUCCGACGAGCGACGACGCAGACUCCGCCGCGAACGCCGACGAGCUCCCCCCGGCCUCCGCGAGGCCGCGGUUCUCAGCAUCUAUUCGAAGCGCCUCUAAUCGACUGCGAAGCUCCAGAGGGGGUAGAUUAAGCGAGUCUUGUUGUUGGUCGACGUGCUCGGCAGUGGACGGCGACGUGCCGAGGCUGUUGCUCCGAGCGCGAAGCGCGUAGAUCCGCGGCGGAAAGAUCCGCUCGUCCUGUCCGAUCCUUCAGGAAGUUGCUGCUCGACUCGCGACGCCGUGCGUCUGCCUGGAAGUUCUUGUCGAACAGCUGUUCGAUGACAAUUAUGGAAGUGAAAAUAGAAAUUUGAAGGUUACAAACAAAUGAUGAUGCGACUGAUGCGACGCUAAUCCUCCUGAGUUCGCUUCAGUUCAGGUUUUUGAGAUGGCUGAUGAUCGGAGUAGUCUCUCUCAUACUUUCAAGUACUUACUGGCUACGCAGUUUUUGGCCAGGGGAAUGCCUUUUCUGUUCAAUACGUGGAUAGUGCGGCAUCUCACUGCAGAUGAUUACGCGCUCUACGCGGUAAAAUUUCAUCUGUUCAUCACCUGUGUGUUGUUCCUCAGUCGGGAGGGAUUUCGUCGAGCAUGCAUGCGAGCUGACAUUCAAUGCAAUGGAGCUUCAGCAGGAGAAAAUGUUAUAAAGCUAUUGAAAGUUGCUUGGAUGACUAUACCACUUGGACUAGCCAUUACUGCUGCGGCCUGUUCUUUUAUCUUCUGGUGGCAGGAACUAAGUUAUUCUGACCCAUAUGCACAAGCCAUUCUUAUAAAUGGUUUUGCAUGUAUGUUGGAACUUUUGGCUGAGCCUUUUUAUAUCCUCUCCCAGGACCUGCUCCUGCUCAAAUUACAGUUAUUGGUGGAGACAGCAGCAACAUUUUUACUUUGCUUAACAGUGUAUAUACUCAUUGUUAAGCAAACUAACAUGGAAAAGGGGAUUGUAUUUGCAUUGUCACAAGUUGCAUAUGGAGCUUGCUUCUUCUUUGGUUACUGCGGUUUUUACCUUUUCUCAAGUUCAUUCAAGAGUUCUGAUCUUUUUCCUUUCAGAGUGAGCGGUAUGGCACACUUUGAUUGUCAGCUUGCCAAUAUGUCCAUGAUAUUCACUUUUCAGUCAUUUCGAAAGUUGAUCCUUCAAGAAGGAGAAAAGAUGGUUCUUGUAUGGUUUGAUACACCAUAUAAUCAAGCUGUAUAUGGCCUAGUAGACAAACUAGGGAGCCUCGUGGUGAGGCUGGUGUUCCUUCCCUUUGAAGAAAGUUCGUAUACAGCAUUUGCAAGGUCCGCAUCAGGACAAAGUUCAGACAGAAGUCAGAAGAUAGGAAGAAGUCUUACAGAGGCCCUUAAACUUGUCAUGUUGAUAGGUCUUAUAUUUAUUGCUUUUGGCCCAAGUUACUCUUACUCCCUGAUAAGGUUGUUAUAUGGUAAAAAAUGGAGUGAUGGAGACGCACCAACAGUCCUCCGCUACUACUGCAUCUACAUCUUUUUCUUGGCUAUGAAUGGAACUUCGGAGGCAUUUCUGCAUGCAGUUGCGGAUGAAAACCAGCUCAAACGCUCAAAUGAUAUGUUGCUCGUGUUUGGAGUGAUUGUCACUUGCCAAAUAGCCACUUAACAGUAGAUUCAACGACUAAAUCGUGUAGCAAUCACACAGAGUCAAAGAUGUACAUAUUAAUUUCUCCAUUUACUAGAUGCGAUUCAAGUAGUAACUAAAACAGGCUUAAAAGACGGACUUAGAUAUUUAACAUCGUAAUGUAGAGAGAGACAAAUGGAAAAACCAAAAAAAUGAACAUAUGAACCUUUCAUACCGAGCGCACAAAAAAGAAAAAGAAGGUUGAGCUGAUCUAUGCCAAAAUCAUCGCAAGACGUGGAAUCACAAGUUUAAGAACAUAUUAAUUUGAACAUUCAAUUUGAGUCGUGGUUAGAGCGAGUUCGAGUCCUCGAACAAUCAUCGGGACAGAAGUCACAGAUCUACCGAAAGCGGCUCCUUUUUCGGCCAAAUAUUGCAACCAACUCGAGUGAUUAUGUGGUUGAAUGAAAACAGAAUCGACAAAGUAAGAAACAAACAUGCUAACAUAUAAAGAGCACAGCAUGAUAGAGGUACGGGUCUGAC